GUGAACUGAGGCUGAUGACACAGCGGAAGUGUCAUGGCGCCGUGCGUCCGGCGGUGUCAGAAACAGCGUUAGCACAACAGGACUUGUAAUGAAUCGUCUCCUCCAAGUUUGGACGUAAUAUCUACUUAGGACAUCCGAGGAAACACAGUUGUCUCCAGUUUAGGAUGGCUGACUCAGGCUCAGGUGACCCCAGUGGUCAACGUGUGCCAGCUCCUGGAGGGAGCAGUAUAGGACUGCUGAUGGGCCGCCGACCAUCAGCCACCAUCUCUCCCGGCCGUCUCCCUUCAAUGCGAUCAAGAGACCUCACCCUAGGAGGAGUGAAGAAGAAAACGUUUACACCCAACAUUAUUGGCCGAAAAGCCAAAGAAGAAACAAAAGUUGAAGGCGGGCAAAGGAGAGAGAGGAAGGAUGCCGAUCGAGGUCGAGGUCCAAGAGAUAGAGGCAGGGGCCGAGGUCGCCCGGAGGUCAUCCAAUCCCACUCUAUUUUUGAACAGGGGCCUGCAGAAAUGAUGAUGAAAAAGAGAGGUGGCUAUGAAAGUGAGAGAGAUGCUCCGAGCAUGGGGCCUUCACCCAUCAUCAAUAUUAAAAAGGAGAAGAGGGAGACUGAGGAGGAGACCAAAGAGAUCCUGCGCAGUCUGGAACGAGACAAUUUUAUAGACGAUCCCUUCCUGAGGAGUGAGCAGAGGAGCUGCCCCGUCCAGCUCCCCCUCGCUGUGUCGGGAUGGGGAUUCAAGGAGGAAUUUAGUAACGCUGCUGUUAAAAUUGAGAAGGUGGAGGAGGAUUGUGAACCCAUGGAGCCUGCAGUUAAAGUCAAACAAGAGCCAGAGGAAAUGGAAAUAAAGAAGUCAGAAGCCGCUUUCAAGCCUCCUCCUCUACCUGAGCCUGAAGUUCUGCCUGACCUGCUGCAUAGAUGGAGUCUGAGCAAAGGAGACGAGCUGUUCUUCAUGCAGCUGCCGGACUCCCUGCCCGGCCAGCCUCCCACCAAAGAGCACAGGCCGGUGAAAACAGAGGUGCAGUCAGAGGACGGACAGUCUGUGCUUCUGAAAACAGAGUCUCAGGAAGAGGAAACUGAGGACAACAGCUGCAAUCUGAAAGAUCUGCGUGAGGGUCUCGUAGGAAAGAUGCUAGUGCGGAAGUCUGGCCGGGUACAGCUCAUACUGGGACAAGUGACACUUGAUGUGUCACUGGGAACAUCAUGCUCUUUCCUUCAGGAGCUGGUCUCUAUUGGUACGGAGGGAAGAACAGGUGACUUGACUGUAUUAGGAAAUGUCAAACACAAAAUGGUUUGCUCCCCAGACUUUGAGGCUCUACUGGAGGGCAUCGCUUGACGCUAAUCAGAGCACCACAGUCUCCUCAAGCCUGACAGAUGGAUGCACUUGUGGUGGGUUUUGAUGUUGACAAGAAGCUCACUGUUACUGUGGAUUGUCCCCUUGGAAAUGUGACAUCCAGUACAGGUUGAUUGCGCUUUUUGGUUUACAGAGUGGCUAUAGUAAUGUAUUGAAAUACACUAUCUAUAAAUAUGAAACAUAAAACGGAGGUAUUAUUUUCUUCUUACGGAACAGGCAUGUUAACUCAUGUGCCAAAUUUCACUACUAUUUCCAUUUCUCAGUGUCUGAAAGUACUUGACAAGACUACAUGGAUGUAAAUGUGUGAAUAAAAAAGUUUUGUUAUUUUU